CCUGACCCAUCCUCAGCAUGUCGGAACAAGAAUUGCCCACCCGACCCAAAGAGAACGAGGCCCCCGCAGAAGCCGCUGCCGAUGGAGAAAAAGGGCCCAGCAAAUCUGCGCUGAAGAAGGCGGCAAAGGAAAAGGAGAAGGCGGAGAAGAAGGCGAGACUGGCUGCAGAGGAGGCUGCGAGAAAGAAAGCCGACGAGGCCAACGAUGUGUCCAAGGAGGAUUAUGGCGAGCUGCCAAUGGUACGGGAGACAACAGGACCCAAGUACGAGACGUUUCUCGAUCUUGCAGCCGAGUAUGAUGGGAAAGACUUCAAGUCUGCGGAUGCACCCAAAGUGGUCUUCCGUGCCACUGUCCUGAAUGCGAGGAAUCAGAGCGCCAAAUUGUCGUUUCUCACUUUCGCGCAGCAGGAACAGACCAUUCAAGCUGUCGUGGCGGGAAGCGAGACUCUCAGCAAGCAAAUGGUCAAAUUCGCGGGCAGCAUACCCACAUUGAGUGAAGUCUUCGUGCAUGGAGUACUCAACAAGCCAUUCGAACCAGUCAAGAGCACGACCGUGCAGAAUCUCGAAGUUCAUGUGACGAAGCUGUACCUGCUGAACAAGGCCGACCAGCAGUUGCCGCUUCAAGUGGCCGAUUGUGAAGGACGUAUCCCAGCUGAAGGUGCUGAGAACGACGUGCCAGAGGACGGCAAAGCCAUUGUGUCCAUCGACACGAGGCUGAACAAUCGUACUCUUGACCUGACGGCAAGCCUUAACCACUCUAUCCUCAAGAUCAGAGCUGGUGUCAAGAAGCUUUUCCGGGAGUAUCUUGAGAAGCGCGGCUUCCUCGAUGUCGAUGUACCGGAAAUGCUCGGAGCUGCCACCGAAGGUGGUGCUUCUGUGUUCGAGGUUAAGUACUUCGAAAAGAAAGGCUACCUCGCACAGUCCCCACAAUUCUACAAGCAACGACUCAUCGCUGCUCGCUUCGAAAAGGUCAUGAUGAUUGGACACGUCUUCAGGUCAGAGAACAGCAACACCAAUCGCCAUCUGACUGAAUUCGUGGGACUUGAUCUGGAGAUGGCCUUCAACCAGCAUUACCACGAAGUCGUGUCAUUACUUGAAAACCUCUUCCUGUCCAUCUUCAAUGGCCUCAACGAACGCUACAAGAAGGAGACCGAGCACGUGAGAACUGUUUAUCACGUGGAGCCGUUCAAGCUGCCGGAAGCCGGCAAGGUCCCACGACUCGAGUUCAAGGAGGGUAUCCAGAUGUUGCGCGACGCAGGGGAAGAAAUUGGAGACUUUGACGAUUUGAGCACGCCUCAGGAGAAGAGGCUUGGUGCUCUGGUCCUGGAAAAGUACGGCUCUGACUUCUAUGUACUCGACAAGUACCCUCUCAUCGUGAGACCUUGGUACACGAUGCCUACCACGGAGACCCAAGCCAACUACGACCCCAAAGACCCCAAUGCUGGCUACUCCAACUCCUACGACUUCUUCAUGAGAGGACAAGAAAUCAUGUCUGGUGCUCAACGUAUCCACAAGGCAGAAUUCCUCGAGAAGAGAAUGAAGGAGCACCCCAAUGCCGUCGAUCCCAAACACCCCGGCAUCGCUCCCUAUGUCGAUGCUUUCCGACAAGGUUGCCCGCCACACGCUGGCGGCGGUAUCGGUCUUGAGCGCAUUGUCAUGUUGUGGUUGGGUCUUCCCAACGUGCGACUGGCGACUGCCUUCCCCAGCGACCCGCGUAGAUUGCCAUAAAAAGGUGAUGGUAUUGCAGCUACGCCGGCGUUGUGGAGUGCGUAUGAAGCGUUCGCGCAACAAAAGCAUGGAAUACGAGCAGUCUGAGCCGCGAGGCAGCAGAUAUGCGAACGAGACGAAUGAGAAAAUGCCUGAAGAAAUCGGCCAGUCAUCACUGAGCCCAUCCUGACUUUGGCUUUUAUCAUGUCCAUAUCUCCUCGCCGAGCUGUCGAUGCGUGCAAAUGCUCUCAAGUAGGACUCUGGUCAAUGCUCAUGACUGUACAGACUAUAGCACUCACCAAGAUGUAGUUCUAUCGUCCCUCUUUGGCGUUGCCUCUCCAGAAACCGCCAUCACCUUCCCCCAAAAGAAAAUUGCGCGCCUUACAGCUUUGUGCGCUCAACCCGGAAGCCAUAGAAUGACGAAAUUAUCGGCUCGGUAGUACAUAGGAAGAUAGGAAGAAAUUGAACCGAAUAGUAGUAGACG